AUGUGGCAAACUCGUGCGUUAUUUCGUAAUGUACGUCGAACCUAUAUAGAAUUAGAUUAUGCCAAGCACAUGCCAAAAGAAUAUGUGGAAAAAGUGAAGCGUACAGUUCCUAAAAAAGUUUAUACCAAUCGAUACGGUGCACCUGAUAUAGUUCGUUGGGCGUUGCAUCCCGAUGAUUACGUACCAUCUGAUGGACGUCCUUGGGAAUUAGAGACAUUUGAGAAAAACGCACAACGAGCGCAUGAGUAUCAUCAGCACAAAUUAAGCCAUAAAUUCUUCGAACUAAGGCACGAGAAAAAAGUAGCCAUUCCACCUGAAGAAUGGACAAUCUUUCCUGGUGAUUUGGUGCAGGUCAUGGUCGGUAAGGACAAAGACAAAACGGGAGUUGUGUCACAUGUUAACAAAGAAACCAAUGCUGUAUUUAUAAGAGGGAGACAUACUAAACUUGUCAACGAUUAUGAAAACUUCAGUGAAAGUGGCAUAAAUUCUAUUUAUCGACAAGUCGAGCAACCUUUAUAUAUUCAUAAGGGACAAGUGAAGCUGGUUGAUCCCAGUGAUAAUGAACCUUGUGAGGCGGACUGGGUGUUGAAUGAGGAAGGGAACGAAUAUGUUAGAAUUAGCAGGAGAUCCAAAUUUCAAAUUCCGAUACCACAAUUAGCUCGAGCUACUUCGGAAUACCUCACUUGCGAUCGAUAUGUUGAAGCGGAAGGUAAGGAUACGCCUGCAGAAAUUGUGCUGGAAAAAACCUACAAACCUGUACUCAAAUCAUUUGAGGAAGAAAUUGCAGACACAAUGGGUAUUCAAGAUAAGCGUAAAUUGCAGCCAACAUAUUGGUAUUGA